AUGAUGCGGGCGGCAGAAAUGUCGUCACAGAGUAAGGAAUUAAACCUCUCUAUAGAGGAAACAAAUGCUCUUAGAGCAAAGCUCGGCCUGAAGCCUCUGCGGCUCGAUGACAAGGACAAGAAGGACUCGAGCAGCAGCAGCAGCAGCAGCAGUAGCAGCAGCAGCAGCAGCAGCAAACGUCCUUGGAGCUCAAGAGACGAUGGCUCAAAGUCAUCUCCUCACAGCUCCUCUGCUGCAGGCAGUGCAGCAGCAGCAGCAGCAGGAGCAACAGCAGGAGGAGGAGCAGCAGCAGCAGCAGGAGAUGCAGAGAGCGAGUCUAAACCACAGCAAUCCCCAGCUGCUGCAGCAGCAGCAGCAGCAGCAGCAGCACGUGAGCGUCGUGAGGAAGCAGAGAGACAAAAGAGACGAGUAGCGCAUGCAUUACUUGUAUCAGGAGACACAAUAGCAGCAGCAGCAGCAGCAGCAGAUGCAGACAUAUUAGAUCCAUUAGCUUGGGUAUCUAAGAUGAGGAAGAAUAAGAAAGAGCAGCAUGCACUUGCUGCACAAGGAAGAGUGGAUAGAGUUCGUUACGAUGAUGACUCGGACUCUGAAUCAGAGAAGACAGCAGCAGCAGCAGCAGCAGCAGCAGCAGCAGCAACAGCAGGAGCAGCAGGAGCAGGAGUACCUAACCCAUCAAUAGUAGCAUCAUUAGGAUCAGGAGAAAGAGGAGAAGAAGAUGAUGAUGAUGCAGCAGCAGCAGGAGGUCCUCUUGUUGCGCAUGCAGCAGCAGAUAUAGCAGCAGGAGAGACAAUGAUGCUUACCCUUAAGGAUGUCCCCUUAUUAGCAGCAGAUGGUGAAUUAAAUGAGGAAGGAGACAUACUUGAGUCCCUGCAGCUGCAGCAGCAGCAGCAGCAGCAGCAAAAAGAAAAAAGAAUACAGCAAUUAAAAGAUAAAACUGCAUAUAAUCCUUUGCAUGCACUCGAGCAGCAGCAGCAGCAGCAGCAGCAGCAAGAUAUUCUCCCUCAUUAUGACGAAUGGCAAAGGGAGGAAGAAGAAAAAAAAUUAGGGUUUAGUAAACCCCUAAACCCUAAUGAGGGUUUUAUGCUAAUAGGGGAUAAUUUAGAGCCUGCUCCUAAUGUAUCUGCUGCAUCUGCUGCUGCUGCUGCUGCAGCAGCAGCAGCAGCAAAUGCAGCAGCAGCAGCAGCAGCAGCUACUAUUGAUGAGGAGACACAUGUAUUAGGUAAUGUAUUUAAGAAAAGAAAAAAACAAAAAAAAGAUAAACAAAGACAAACAGGAAAAGAUUUCUGGUUGUCUCUUGCUGCUGCUGCUGCUGCUGCAGAUGAUAAUGAUGCAGCAGCAGCAACAGCAGCAGCAACAGGAGAUAGUGGAGAUGAGGCAGCAAAUAGCAGCAGCAGCAGCAGCAGCAAGGGAGAUCAUGCCUCAAGGAGUAGUAAAGAUCACAACAAAGAGAAGAAUGCACAGAAGGAGAAAGUAGCGGAGGCAUUAGCAGCAGCAACAAGAGACAAGGAGAGGAAUCCUUGUCAGGAUGGCAACAGCAGCAGCAACAGCAAGACAAAGAGCAGCAGCAGCAGCAGCAGCAGCAGCAGCAACAACAGCAGCAGCAGCAGCAGCAGCAGCAGCAGCUCGUCGUCGUGCAGCAGCAGGAGGAAGGAUUUAUCAUCUAUAUUAGAUGAAGAAUUAUAUCUUUAUGAAGAAAAAAAAGAAAAAAUAAAAGAAGAAAAAGAUCAUACAGAGAUACAUAGACAUCAAUUACUUAAUAAAAUUAAACAACGGACAAAAGCGCCUGGUGAGGAAGGCGAGUCUACGGGACUUUUACCAAGAACAGCAAUGCUUGUUGAACAGGCCCAACAGUCCCUAGUAGAGGAGGAAGAGGAGGGUUUACAAUUAUCUAACAUGACUGAAUUUUGUCGAAGUGUUCGAACACCAAUGGAGAAAGCAAAUGAGGCAAAAUUGGCUAAUAAAAUAUCCAGGGGAAUUAAGAUCAGCAACAGCAACAGCAGCAGCAGCAGCAGCAAGGAGGGGCGUCGGUCUCCUUCUCCUAGCAACAGCAGCAGCAGCAGCAGCAGCAGCAGCAAGAAGCAACGAGAGGAGACAGAAGAAGGAGAAGUUGUAGAAAAUGUCCCUAAAGAAGAUGAGGAAGAAGAAGAAGAAGAAGGAGACUCAGAACCUGAAUUUAUGGCCGAACAGCCAAUUGGUGAUUCUGUGUCUGGGGCUUUGCAAUAUCUACAAAGCAAAGAUUUUUUCUCCUUGGAUAAAAUAAGAAGAAGAAGAGGACAUCAUUUAGAGCAACCUUUGCAUAAUGCAGAUAACGACAAAGAAGUUAAUAUUGAUUAUAGAGAUGCAUUUGGAAAUGUUAUGACAGCAAAAGAUGCAUUUCGUCGAAUUUCUUGGCAUUUUCAUGGCAAAUUUCCUAGUCUAAGAAAACAAGAAAAGAAAAUUAAAAAACUUGAAUUAGAGAGGAGACUACAAGAAAAUAUAAUGGAUUGUUUGCCAACACUAAAGGCAUUAAAAAAAGUACAAGAAGGAGAAUCUUCUGCACAUCUUGUAUUAACAGGAGGAGGAAUAGGACAUUAA